UCCACACCAUGUCUUCAUCUUGCUUUGUGCACAGGAGAAUUGUCAUGUUGGAACAGGUUUGGGUUUCUUAGCUCCAGUGAAGGGAAAUUGUGUGACAGCACACAAAGAACUUCUAGAUAGUUGUGUGCUUCCAGCUUUUGGGGAGGAAACACAUAUGGGUGUGAUGGUCAUGUGUCCACAUAUGUUUGACCAUAUCGUCUACAAAUACGUACAAAUAGUGAACUGUGAUGGGUGGGGAUCAUGGCCACAGCAAGCUGUCCAUGCCCGACUACAGGACGUGGAAAUGGCAAGGUACUCCUCUGGAGUUCACACAAGAGCGGCUCGCACGCAGAGGACUGAGGGACCCGUGGGCAAGGAACGAAGCGUGGAGGUACAGCUUCGGCCCACCGGUCAGCUUCCGUGAAGUGAUGCUGCGUGGAUUUAGAACAGGAUUCAUCGCAUUUGCAGUGGCCCUGGCUGUCGAGUACACGUUCUUCCCUCCGAAGAAAUCAGAGCACUGAGCAGAGAACAGCAGUCAUCUGAAACAAAGAAGAGAACCCUAAUCAUCAGACUCUUACGUUCACUGCAGGGUAAUAAACCACCUGUAACACA